AUGGUGGCUGAAUGGGCAUGGCUGAAAGGCUCUGCAUCAUAUCAGUGCGGUCAAGUGGAGAUGCACGGGAAUACCACGGCAUCAGGAGAGCUGGGGAACCACUUGCUUUCCAAAACUCCACACCUGAGCAAGAUUUUGGCAAUGCCAACAGUUUGUAGCCCUGCAGCAUUUGCCAAACAUCCAGGACAUGGCCUCCUGUCAUGGGACAGACUGAUUCACCUUCCUGACAGAAAUCAGAAAUGGAAUAUAGUGGGCAUAGCAGAAAACUGUUUGCAUAGGAAAAGACACUCCAAAAACUAUGAUAUCCAGAGGAAUGGACAGCAGCUUUCGCAAUGUCGACAUGCUUCAACUUGGACUAGCACAAUUUUACAGCCAGGCCAUACAAAAGCAAACUUUCAAGUCAUGUCAAGUGCCCAGGAAUACCAAAAAGAAGAAAAAAAGUGUAAAGGGUAUAUACCCAGUUACUUAGACAAGGAUGAGCUAUGCGUAGUAUGUGGGGACAAAGCCACCGGAUAUCAUUAUCGCUGCAUCACUUGCGAAGGUUGCAAGGGUUUUUUUAGAAGAACCAUUCAGAAAAACCUUCAUCCAACCUAUUCCUGUAAAUAUGAAGGAAAAUGUGUGAUAGACAAAGUAACAAGAAAUCAGUGCCAGGAAUGUCGCUUCAAAAAAUGUAUCUUUGUUGGCAUGGCAACAGAUUUGGUGCUGGAUGACAGCAAGCGGUUGGCAAAGAGGAAGCUGAUAGAAGAAAAUCGAGAGAAGAGACGUCGGGAAGAGCUGCAGAAAACCAUUGGGCACAAACCAGAGCCAACGGAUGAGGAAUGGGAGCUCAUCAAAAUUGUUACUGAAGCACAUGUGGCCACUAAUGCACAAGGAAGCCACUGGAAGCAGAAGAGGAAAUUUCUGCCAGAAGACAUUGGACAAGCACCAAUAGUUAAUGCCCCAGAAGGUGGGAAAGUGGAUUUAGAAGCCUUCAGCCAGUUUACAAAAAUUAUCACACCAGCGAUUACAAGAGUGGUGGAUUUUGCCAAAAAGUUGCCUAUGUUUUGUGAGCUGCCAUGUGAAGACCAGAUCAUCCUUCUGAAAGGCUGCUGUAUGGAGAUAAUGUCCCUCCGAGCAGCAGUUCGCUAUGACCCUGAGAGUGAGACUUUAACACUAAAUGGGGAGAUGGCGGUGACAAGGGGCCAGUUGAAAAAUGGGGGUCUUGGCGUAGUGUCUGAUGCCAUUUUUGACCUGGGCAUGUCUCUUUCUUCAUUUAACCUGGAUGACACCGAGGUUGCCCUUCUUCAGGCUGUUCUGCUUAUGUCAUCAGAUCGCCCAGGCCUUGUUUGCGUUGAGAGGAUAGAGAAGUGUCAAGAGGGUUUCCUCCUGGCAUUCGAACACUACAUUAAUUACAGAAAACACCAUGUUGCACACUUUUGGCCAAAACUGCUGAUGAAAGUGACAGACCUGCGAAUGAUUGGAGCCUGCCAUGCCAGCCGCUUCCUGCACAUGAAGGUGGAGUGCCCCACAGAACUCUUCCCUCCGUUGUUCCUGGAAGUAUUUGAGGAUUAG